AAACUUGUCUGAACCCUAAACUCAAUAGCCUGAAAAGAUAUUCAACUGCCUCUUGCACCCCACCAAGAAAUGCUGAAUCAUGAGUUAAGCUGAGGGAGAAGAACUGGGUGACUGGAAAUACAAAGAAAGGGGAAUGGCCCCAGUGGCUUUCCUUGUGUGUAUUCAAUUUACCUUUAUUCAGGCAGGAGAUUAUAGGUUAUAUAACCACCCCCCAAGAAAAGGCAAUCUCUUCCCUGAUGGUGUCUGCGCCCAGAAAAUUCAAAUCCGAGGGUGUUCAGAUUUCUGUAUAAGCUGAUUUGCCAGAACCUAUUUAGGCAAGAUCUGGUGCCCAGGAUACAACUUCUUGGCCCGGCACCACCAUGGAGCUGGGAGCAGCCUUCACCGUCUUUCUGGGGCUCUGCUUGUCAUGCCUCAUCAUCCUCAUUGCCUGGAGACAAAUCAACAAGGGAGGAAAGCUGCCCCCAGGGCCCACACCAAUACCUUUCCUGGGGAACCUGCUACAAGUUCGCACUGAUGCCACCUUUCAGUCCUUCCUGAAGCUCAGCGAGAAAUACGGCCCUGUGUUCACUGUGUACAUGGGACCGCGGCCAAUAGUUGUUUUAUGUGGACAUGAAGUAGUGAAAGAAGCCCUGGUAGACCAAGCAGAGGAGUUCAGUGGCCGUGGAAACUUGGCUUCAAUAGACCGAAACUUCCAAGGUUAUGGUGUAGUUAUGGCCAAUGGAGAUCGAUGGAAGGUUCUCCGACGUUUCUCUCUGACCAUCCUUCGGGACUUCGGGAUGGGAAAGCGGAGCAUUGAGGAACGGAUCCAGGAGGAGGCCAGCUACCUACUGGAGGAAUUCCGGAAGACCAAGGGUGCCCCCAUUGAACCCACCUUCUUCCUGAGCCGCACCGUCUCCAAUGUUAUCAGUUCUGUUGUGUUCGGAAGUCGCUUCGACUACGAGGACAAGCAGUUCUUGAAUCUGCUGCAGAUGAUCAACUCGGCUUUCAUCGAGAUGAGUACGCCCUGGGCACAGCUAUAUGACAUGUACUCUGGAAUCAUGCAAUAUUUGCCAGGAAGACACAAUCGUAUCUACUAUGUAAUAGAGGAGCUCAAGGACUUCAUUGCCUCCAGGGUCAAGAUCAACGAAGCGUCCCUUGACCCCCAAAACCCACGGGACUUCAUCGACUGCUUCAUCAUCAAGAUGCACCAGGAUAAAGACAAUCCCCACUCAGAAUUCAACCUCAAGAACUUGGUCCUUACCACCCUGAACCUCUUCUUUGCUGGCACGGAGACUGUGAGCUCCACGCUACGCUAUGGAUUCUUGCUGCUGCUGAAGCACCCGGAGGUGGAAGCCAAGGUCCAUGAGGAGAUUGACCAGGUGAUUGGCAAGAACCGGCAGCCCAGGUUUGAGGACCGGGCCCAAAUGCCCUACACGGAAGCAGUGAUCCAUGAGAUACAGAGACUGACAGACAUCGUGCCCAUGGGUGUUCCCCACAACGUCACCCGGGAUACUCAUUUCCGAGGCUACCUCCUGCCCAAGGGCACAGACGUAUUUCCCCUGCUUGGUUCAGUCCUCAAAGACCCCAAAUACUUUCAAUACCCAGAUGCCUUCUAUCCGCAACACUUCCUGGAUGGGCAGGGCCGCUUCAAGAAGAAUGAAGCCUUUGUACCUUUUUCCUCUGGAAAGCGCAUCUGUCUGGGCGAGGCCAUGGCGCGCAUGGAACUCUUCCUCUACUUCACCUCCAUCCUCCAGAACUUCUCUCUGCGCUCGCUCGUGCCGCCCGCCGACAUCGACGUCACUCCCAUGGUCUCCGGCUUUGGCAACAUCCCCCCGACCUACCAGCUUUGCCUGGUGGCCCGCUGAGAGCGCCCCCUGCUGGGCGAGCGAGAAACGUCAAGGCGCCGCCUUGCUCGCAUGAGGCGCACCCAUCCUCCGCAUCGCGACGCUUCUCCCAGCAUCCCUGCAAGAAGGCCCAGUUUUUACCGUCCUGGCACCACAGUCAACGAGGGUCAUCUGAAAAUAUACAGCUGUGUAACUUCUAACGUUCAGCAGAAAAGCAGUGUGCCCUGUGCAAGAUUCCCACCUAAGCCUGCAGGUUUCAUGUUCCCUUGAUCGCCUCCGCCUGUUUCUGUCUGCACCAAACACUUGUAGAUUCUGUGUCUUGAUGACUAUCCCCUUUUGUGUGCGCCCCGAUAUUGACCAAAAUGUAAUCGACAGUCCUUUCUCUCUGAUUCUCAUCUUCGCCCGCCAGCCGCCUUUAAAA